AUGUCUUCAGAAAAAGAGUCACCACCAACUUCAACAGAGCAUACUCACAUUUCAGCUCAAUCAGAGAUAGGAAUGGGACGUCAGUCUCCCCCUCCAAUAAAUGAGGGACCAAGUAAAAAUAAUCAGCAAGAUAUAAACAAACUGACAGAAGAAAUGUUUUUUAAGGUUGCUGAUUAUUUAAAGGGAGAGAUCUUGGCUACAACUGAAGAUUACAAACUUUUAGAAACAAUGAACAAAGUUACGCGAGAACGGUAUCAGGAAAUGUCUAAAAUGGCACAAAAUUUGGUUGUAGAGAUGGCCAACUUUCAAAGAAUCUAUACUAGCUUCGAACCAUAUAUUCAACAAAUUGAUGAAGUAUGUGAACAGGUCGAUUUUUUGGAAAAAGUUGCUAACGAAUUAGACGAAUAUUCAAAAGAAUUGGAUAUCAAUGCUUCCGUUACUAGUGAUAAUGUCAAAGAAGAAUUACUCCAUUUACGAUACUUUUUAAAAACUGUCCAGGAGCGUAUCGAAAAAUUCGAGACGGACGUAAAGGGAAUUUUUAAUAAAUCGAAAAAGGACCAGGCUUCUGGGAUAAGAAUGGUACUUAUGGGGCCACCUGGUGCCGGUAAAGGAACUCAAUCUCCAAAGAUCAAAGAGAAGUUUUGCGUUUGUCAUUUAGCUACUGGCGAUAUGUUACGAUCGCAAGUAGCUGCAAAAACAAAACUUGGUUUGGAAGCUAAAAAAAUCAUGGAUACCGGAGGUCUGGUGUCUGACGAAAUAAUGGUAGGAAUGAUCGAAAAUGAAUUACAAAAUAAUCCAGAGUGUAAACAAGGUUUUAUUCUAGAUGGAUUUCCUCGUACAGUACCCCAAGCAGAAAAACUUGAUGCCAUGCUUGAAAAAGAUAAAAAAAAACUCGACCAUGCUGUUGAAUUAGUAAUUGAUGAUAAUUUAUUGGUUUCACGUGUCACUGGUCGUUUGAUUCAUCCAUCCAGUGGUAGAACGUAUCAUAAAAUUUUCAAUCCACCAAAAGUUCCCGGUAAAGAUGAUGCAACUGGCGAACCAUUAAUUCAACGUGGAGAUGACAAUGCUGAAACCUUAAAAAAACGUUUAGCGACUUAUCAUAAGCAAACUGCUCCCGUGGUAGAGUAUUAUAAACAAAAAAAUAUCUGGUCUGGUGUAGAUGCAUCUCAAAAUCCUGAGGUAGUUUGGGCGAGUUUAUUAGCUAUCCUCGGCAAUUCUAAGAAAAACUAA